UACAACGACGCCCUCUAGUUAAUGAACUGUCAACUAACCGCGUGUCGUCCAUGUUCCGAAUGUGUGGAACGUCGCUCCGGCUGAAUGGAUCCCUACGUCGGGUGGUAUCAGCCCGAGCAGGAAGGACCCGCGAAGCGAUUGUGGCUUCGUAUUUGGGAAACCCAAAGUGAAACAGACAAAAUGAACCUCAAAAAUUUAGAAAACUCUAAUCCAAAUGUGAAUAAAGCCCAAGACUUAGUACAAAUUAAUGAAGUGAAUGGUGAAAUUAGGAAUAAUAAUUAUUUUAAUCCUACGCGAAGGAAAGCGAACGAUAACCGCGCAUCUACGUUUAACCUGAAUCAGAACCACGAUGCUCUAAUAGGCGAAUACGGAGGGUGCCCUUGGCGGAUACCCAACUACACCUAUAAGCCCGGGAUACUUGGGCUACACGAAGAGAUUGAACACUUCUUCAUGUACAUGUCACCAACCGAGACGGAACACCUGGUCCGGUCUACAGUUGUGUCGCGUAUACGCAGCGCGAUCUUGUCUCUGUGGCCUCAAGCUCGUGUAGAAAUAUUUGGCUCUUUUCGAACCGGCCUCUACCUGCCCACCAGCGACAUAGAUCUUGUUGUCAUUGGUCAAUGGGAAAAGCUGCCUCUUUGGACCCUGGAGCGUGAGCUUGUUAACCAGGAUAUCGCAGAGAAGGAAAGCAUCAAAGUGCUGGAGAAGGCGACAGUGCCCAUCGUAAAGAUGACAGACAAAUAUUCUGAUGUCAAGGUUGAUAUUUCGUUCAACAUGAGCAGUGGAGUGAAGAGUGCCGAGCUGAUAAAACAGUUUAAGGAAAAAUACCCAGUACUCUCGCGACUUGUGAUGGUGUUGAAACAGUUCCUCCUCCAACGAGAUCUAAACGAGGUCUUCACCGGAGGCAUCUCUUCAUACUCCCUGAUCCUGAUGUGCAUCAGCUUUCUCCAACUCCAUCCGCGGCCUGAAAGACUUCGCCAAACCCAUAACCUUGGGGUGUUGUUAAUAGAGUUCUUUGAACUGUAUGGAAGAAAGUUCAACUAUGUGAAAACAGCGAUAAGGGUUAAGAAUGGAGGCAGUUAUUUGUCUAAGGAUGAACUACAGAAGGAAAUGAAUGACGGUCACCGGCCAUCACUGUUAUGUAUCGAAGAUCCGCUCACGCCGGGUAACGAUAUUGGCCGCUCUAGUUAUGGCGCCCUACAAGUUAAACAGGCAUUCGACUAUGGCUACAUAAUCCUGCAGCAAGCGAUAAGCGGAGCGUUGGGCGCGCACCACAGUGCCCUGGGACGCGUAGUGCGUGUCACAGACCACGUGUUGCAAUACCGGCGAUGGGUGCAAGACACAUUUCACCCGUUUUUCUUCCCGAUCCACAUUACGGCCCAAAUACCGCAGCCUCCGCCCGCCCUGCCUGCUCCGCCCACCGUCGCUUGCCCAGAGCCCAGUGAUAGUGAACCGGAGUGGUCUGAUGGAUCCGGUGGCGCGACGAGUGGGAACGGUGGCGAGACUGGACGACGCACGUCGCCGCCGCCCUUAUCAGCGCUGCAGUGCUCGUCUCCGACGCCGCGACGCGUUUCGGCGCACCAGAGCCUCAUAAUACAUCAUAUCACCAGCAAUUCUGACUUCAAUAAUAUACCUUCAGGUGUGAUGCAGCAGCGGUUUAACAACAACAACACGAGCAACACCACCACCACCACGACCACCACCACCACCAACAGCAACAACAACGCUAACAACAACACCACUCCCAGCACUGGGGAGCAGAAACCGCGGUCCAGCCGUUCGUUUUCCUCCAAACAACGGCGAUAUACGUCACCGCCACGGUACCGUGAACCUCGUUCGAAUAAGAAGAGGCGACAGUUCGCCCAGCCCCGAUGAUACCCGCCUACUCAUAGGCGAAAGCCGCGGACCACUUAGUGACUCAAUAGUGAGAAUAAUUGUGAAGUGUAAAACACGUAGUGAUGUACACUUGUUAUAGUGACUCGUGGUGUUUGUGAUCUGACAGUGAAAUGGACUAAUGGUUUAUAGUGAUGUGGAUCUCGGCUUAGUGGAAUAGCUUGAGAGUGAAAUCAAAAGGAUAGCCAUCGCUUCACUAUAAUGUACGCUAUGAUGUAGUGCAUCUCUGGAUUGGCGAAGUCAUGGGAAAUGCCUAUCCUCGGCUCACCUGUUCUUACGCCUGGGUUCGCCUAAAAUACCAGUCGUAAUUGCUACGAAUCGUAGAUUUAUGAAACGGUUCGCGUAAUAAUUAUGGCUGGUGGCUUAGAACUGGUAUACGGCUAAGAAAGAUACUCAAAUGUUGAUCAAUAGUUCUUACUCAAUAAUUUGAGAUAUAGGUAAAAUGAUAAACAAAAAAUAUGAUAUCAAUUCUAAAUUAGGUAGUACCGAUUAGUAAUUGUUAUGAAUUAAAUAUACACCGACAAAUAUAACGUCACGUUAUUGCUACAGAUAAGUUUAAAAAAAUACAAAAAAAAAAGUUGUCAAGUCUUGGUUUUUUAAAAUAUUGACUGAAACAUAUAAAACAAAUACUCAAAUGUCAAUUAAAUAUUUUUGUGUUUGGAGGCGUAAUAAUAUCCUUUUGCAAUUGGACUUGGUGUCUGUGAAUAAUGUAAGUAGCCAUUUUAAAUUUAAAUUCAUGGAAAUGGAAAUAGUUUUUAAAUACAUAUAAAAAUAAAAAAACAAGAUUUUCUCUAUGAAAAUUUAUGAUAUUGAGAAACAAAAUACAAAAAAAAUUGAUUUUAAAUUCCAUUUCAAUAAUCCCAAUUUUAACACAAAUUUAUGAUCAUUUUGGUUGCCUUUUUUACUAUGAAAUAAUAUAUAAUUGACAUUUGAUCAUUUAAAUCAUUUGUUUUAUACUUAAAUCAUAUGUAAAUUCUAAAAAUAUAUAAACAGAAAUCAGUCUGAUAUACAAUAAUAACAUAUUGCCUAUUUAUCGGAACACACUGCCAAAAAUAUGGACUUAGGUGACAAACCCGACAAGGAUUUAGUGUUAAUAUAGUGAAAAUAACACCAAUUCUGUAUAUAAGAUUAAUGCGUGCGCUAGAUUAAUAAAUAUAAAAUUACAUAAAUUUGAAAAAAAAUUUAAAAAGCAAUAAAGUAGGCGUUUGACAUAAGGUCACAGAGUACAAACUCUGUCAGCUGUCAAAAUCUGACAGUUGAGGCUUGUCUUUGAAUUAUAACAGAGCCUACAUUUAUGGGGUCUUAGUAUUUCAUCGAGCGCACGAUAUUAGGUCAAAAGCGUUUUUAACGUGACGUGGAGGGAUUCCGCCGUAGACUGUUCUAAAAAAAUGACCCAACCUUUUACCGUUGGUUUUCUAAGGUAAAAACGUUGCGUAUAAUGUUAUCGUACACAAUGUAUCGAGGCCCUUGGUCAUAGCUUCGAACAAAAUUAGAUAAGUUCGAUUAAAUGAGAUAUAUUCGCACUGCCGAUCUCUUUGGUGCAGACGGGGUGUGGUCAAAAGACUUUUCAUAUGUAAUUAGUUGGCGCAUUGACCGCGUGUUCAUGCUGCUUCAUAUAUCGUCAGUAUCAAUAAUUUUUGUACAUAUCUAAAAGUAGUUAGCAAGUAUUGCGUAUAGUCAAGGGUUCGAUGCAUGGCAAUACAAUAUCACUUCGGUUUUGAUCCAUUAACGGGCUGUGAAAUAUUUAAAAUUCAUAAAGUUUUACAUUGAGGGCAAUGUGUUUUUAUCCCCGUCUGCACCCUGCCUUAUGUAAGACUAUGGCUAACUUAAACACCAAAAAAGCAAUACUACAUAAGUAAUAAUGAACUCGCAAUAGUGACUGAUCGUGUACAAAUAUUAUACAAUCUAAUGUUAGGCGUCGUAGUAUUGAGGCAAAAAUAAUAUUAGAAUUUGACAGUACCCACGGGUUGUAACGGAAAUGUGUGUGAAUGCCGCUAUUUUGCGUUCGGACUGUUAUUGGAUCGGGUUCCUAGACAAAGAGACUUUAGGCAUUACCCGCAAGCAUAUGGAAAUGCUUUACGUGACCAUUUUCAGACUAAUAGCAGAUCAUUAUUUUGCAUGUCGCAAAGGAUUUUUGACUAAUACAGUAGAUUGCGGCAGCUUUGACAUAAUAAGGUCAUGUUAUAUUCCCAAAUAACUUUAUAUUGCGAUAGUAUUUUGGCCUUAAAUGUCGCUAGAUCCUUGUAAUUACAGUAGAUUUGUUAUUGAAACAUUGUGGGCUGUGUAAAUUUAAAUAAAACAUUACUUGUUCAGAAUGUAAUCAUAAUUAUUAAAUACGGAAAAAUAUUUUAUAAUUAACAAAUCAAUAAAAACGUUUUUUAUAUUUCGUAGCUUACUUUUAAUUGGAUAGUAAUUAACUUGAUUGGAAGCUUUAUGGAGUGUAGACUCUAACUCUAGAGGGACAUUAUCAGUCUAGAAUUAGUCUACACUCUUUUCUGUGACACAGCUUUGCCUUAUAUCAUUCAAGUGCCAAUGGAUACUUGACGGCUAAGACUCGGGUUCCAUAUUAAUACCAAUUGUAAAUGUAACGAGGCGUAGAUAUUUAUAGCGCAUUUUCACGUCGUACUUUAUGAACCCGGGCAUAUUUGCGCAGUAUUUUAAGUAGAAAAUACCUGUUUUUUGAUAACAGUUGAUAAUUUAAUCUAAUUUAUUUAUUUGUUAUACAGACUACUUAGUUAUUUGGGUUAUAGGCACAGACAAUGCAAUUGUUAUAACUUAAAAAGUUGUUCAGUUAAUAUUUGACACUAAACUUGAGUUUAAAUAUUCAACUGUUAACUUAGAAUAUAUAGAAGCGUUUUCUUGUAUAUAUUUUAAGCUGAUUAACCUGUUAUAAAAACGGUCAAUUUUUUCCCCAAUUUGUUCAUCUGUAGCUGUUUUAAUCAGAUUUUGAAAUGUAUGAAAAUAUUAGUGUCGCUUGGCAUUCCUAUGAACUCUGAAGACACUUGAGAAAUAAUAUUUUAAUGUAAUUAAAAUAUGUAAAGUAUAAUUUCGAGUAAAACGCGACUCUAGUCUAAAAUUUGUAUAAAGUGAUAUUAUUUAUUUUAUUCUGAACUACUCAUUGGCCUGUAUUAAUAUUUAGUUGUUUUAAGCGCUGUCAAAUAUGUGCAAGAUAGACCAAACUCAUAGCUUAUUAAUAAACAUACUACAGGUUAUUGAAGAUUGUGUCUAUUGGAGGCCUAAAGUAUGUCUAUGAAAAAGAGGGUACCUAAAUUUGCUUCAUGUCUAGUACCAUCUAUUAUUGCCUUGACAUUUGUUUCUAUGUCUUGCUGACUUCCUACUAACAACCGGUUUUUAACUUUUGACAUAACCAUGUACAUAAAAAAAAUAUUUUAUCUUUGGUGGUUGAUGUAGGAAUUCAGUAACACUCAAAACAAUUCUAAUAAUACAUCACUAAGGUCAGCAAAACAAAUUUAAGUAGAAAUGUAUCAAAGAUGACAAUCGCAGUAACAUUAUUUUGUUUGUUUGUUUGUUAAAUGGUCAUAAAAUAUUAAAUAAACAAGUAAAUCAUAUUCAUAUGUACAUAGGUAAUCCACAUACAUUAUAUAACACAUCCUACCAUACUAUAUGUAAAUCUUAUAAACAAUGAAAUAUACCAGAGAUGGCUGUAUACUGUUUUAGAAAAUGAAACUACUGAAAGAAAGAAAUUGUGUUUAUAAUCUAAAAUUUAUGAAUUGAAUUAAAUUAAGCAUGAAUAAUCAAGCAAUACUAUGUACUGUGUCUAUUGUGAUGUCAAAAUUUAAAUCUGUGUAAAAUUAUAGUAAUUAAAUUUGUACCCAAAAUACAUAAAUGUAGUUCCGUAUUCUAAAACGUGUUUUCAGGUGAAAUCUUUACUAUAUACUAUUAAUAUGUUGAAAAUCUAUUUGUGAAUAUAUAAUUGAUUUUGACCAAUAACCUUUUUAGAGUACAGACCUACAAUAUAAAUACCCAAAUAUUCUAGGUAAAUGAAGUUUGUUGAUUAACCAUAGAGUAUAUAAAAAUGCCACAGAUGUAUGUAGCUUUGACGGGCUCAGAAAAAAUAAAUGAUCUCAUAACGUUUUUAAAAAGUUAAACAUAAAAAAUACAUAAAAAUAUAAACUUAAUAAGUGCAAAUAAAUAUGAUAGUGUAAGUGCAUUGCGCGUCACAGAAAUUUAGACAAAGUUUUUGCAAACCUUUAACAGUCGAUUAAUAUUGCGACGAUCGUUAGAAAGAGAUGUAAAUUUGAAGAGAUAGUUCUAGAUUAUGUGCCAUUUUUCGUUGGUUUGAAGGGCGGCAUUUGUGCGAUAGAGACAACGCUCUACAACCGUAAUUGACGGUUCUUUCUUUCUAAUAGUCGAUGUGCAAUAUUUUUCGCCGAGUACGUAAUAUUGUUUUGGAGGAAAUAUAUUUUAUAACGCAGCUUUUUAAAAUAUGAUGUGUGAUAGUUACGUUUAAAAGAAAUUAUUGCAUUUACAAAUGAAUUGUCAUGUUUUUGUGACGCGACGCGUUUAGUCAUUUUAUAUAUCUUAUCUCGAUGUAUGUUAGUAUGUUGUUAUGUAAUGUACAUACGGAUAGACAAAUGUACAUACGCUUGUAUAUAUUGUGUAAAUACACGAGAUAUACAUAUAUUUAAUAUUAAUAUAAAGUUUGAAUUAAAGAACGUUUUAAAUAAAAUAAAUUUUUAAAAAAUACAAAAAAAGAUAAAAAUGUAAUAAAGACAUACAGUGAGUAUGAAGUGGAAAACCAA